CUUUUCCACGGGCACACAGUGGAAUCCCCUGAUGGUUCACUUUUAUAAAUGAAAGCAGUCGUAUGUGAUUUAAACUUAAGUCUACCCAAACAAAGUCUACAAAAGGUGUCAACAUGGGUAUUAGAUCUAUUUGGUUUCUCGACGCACCGGAAGUGUGUAUUUGCUUGUACGACCGCUUGUCAAAGAGUGCUUUUGGUUGAGAAUUUUUUUCAUUAUCAAACAACAAUUAUUUCAGUAUCUUGACAUGUAUAUACAAACAUCAUAUACCAAUAUUUAUAGCUGUUACAGGUAUAUCGCUUUCAUAAACUGGUCUGAAAAGUAAAUGGUCGUGUUUUGAAUUAACUUUAAGCCUCUGUCGGUCUCGAAACAUCCAGUAAUUUUUCAUCAUCAUCGGGGGAUUCCGCGCGAGCUGGCAGCCUCUGGGUCCAGAGUGUGAAACCAUGUCUCUGGAAAACCGUAUCAUUCACGCUGUUCUGGACAAACACGAGGGAUUUCUCCGGCGCCAUCUUGUUCUCUCGCCGGACGUCGUCGACAAGCUCCGACAAAGGUUCGUCAUUACGAACAGCACCACAGAGAGGCUAAACAAGGUUUCCUCAGAUGUCCAAGUCACUCUUGUAAUUGACAUUCUUCGUCGCCGUGGAAUUCGAACUUUGGCCAAGUUUCUGCACAUUCUCAAAGAUUCAUUAGAUGGUUGGAUUGCAGACAAGAUAUUGUGUACCGACCUUCGGAUACUCAGUAAAUACAUUCUCACAGACGAGAGGACACUUAGUGAUUACAUCAUCAGAGUAUGCGGCCCCCCUACUCCCGAACCAAUCUUACAACCAGUUAAGAAACCGGUCAUAAAAGAAGAAACCAAACCAAAACGACCAAAAACACCCCCUGAACCACAAAGAAACAAAAAAGAGAACGACCUGUUUCAUACACUCCCUCAACCUACGAAAAUAGCGGAGGUUCCGGGACAGGUUCAGAAUCUUCACCGCGUGUUUGAGGAGAGGCGGCUACAGAUUGGGAGUACACUGUCCAUCCUCAAACAGGAAGAGCAGGCGAUCAAGGACAUCCUGGAGAAGAACGUCAACGAACAGCGCCAUCUGAACAAAAACCAACAGGCCAUCUACGACAUCAGCAGACGACUCCAGUCCAUCCACCACGAGGCGGGACAGCUUCUGAAAUCGGCGCCCUCUGGCGUCAUUGUGCGCAAUAGGCUGGACUAUUUGCACGGAGUUCCGUGGAAUUCUGUCAAAGUCAAUGAACACGACAUUGAAUGGCGAACGAACGAAAGAGAUUGAUGAUUAAGAAAGCCUUGAAUAUACAUAUAAUUAUGAUGUAGUCGUGUACAGCAGUUGUUCCUCCGAUCAACACAUAUGCAUUGUAUCCAAUUUAUAAAUAUAUUUUCAUUGCAUGUCCAUGCAUCACAUUUUAAACAUCAUAUAUAAAGUUUUUAAAAAAUUCAUCGCAAAUACUUAUGUAAGAUUUUAUGUUCAUCGUGUUAAUUAUACAAUUUAUCAAGGUACAUUUAAAAGAAGAAAGAUUAAUUUUUUAAAGGGUUGUGCUAAAUAUAACUUAGUACUUAGUGUCACAUUCUACAAAAUGUUUUCAAUCAUGCAUUUCUUUUCAAAAAUAUUAUAACAAAUAAAUUGUAAUAGAAAAAAGUUGUUCAACAUAUUCCUGAUGCUGAAAUCAUUAAAACAGUUUUAAUUUCAGAUGUACAUGUAGACGCUGCAUGCGUGCCGAUCGUGGAUCUGCUUUUAAAAGCCUACAAAAAAUGAACCCUAACCAACAGGGCUAUACAUGGAAUAAAUAAUGGAGUAAACUCCAU